AUGUCAGCCUCUGCAUCCAGUUGGAUGCGAUUCUGGGAAGGUGGUGGUGACAACAGCAACGGUAGCAAGAAUGGCCGCAAAAGUCCCGCAGGUCCAAAAGCGACGAUUCAUAGCGACUUCAUUCGUUCGACUCCACAUCAGAAUUCUUCCCUGGCUCUUGAAGCGAGCCUUCGGAACAGCAUUCGCCGAAGGGCCAAGCGGAUCGUCACCAAUCCGUAUAUCACUCAGUUCAUGGCUUUUGUGGUCCUGUUCGAUGCCUACUGUAACUGGAGCGACAUUGACGCUCGAGCUCAAGAGGAGCGGCCGCCUGAGAUCCUCCAAAUAGGCUCCGUCGUUUGCCUGUCACUGUACACUAUUGAAGUAAUUCUGCUGACCGUAGGACAAGGCCGUUCUGUUCUGAAGGAUAGCAUGUUUAUCUUGGAUCUUUGUGUCAUUGUCUGCGGUUUCUUGGAAAUGAUCCUGGAUUCAGUAGCAUCAGAUCUCGCAGCCAGGGUUAGCAUCCUCAGCAUUCUCCGGUUGCUGCGACUUGGGCGAGUCGUUCGCUUGGUUCGGCUCUUCGGGAAGAUCCGAGCCUUGAGAGAGCUUCAGAAGCUCGUGACCAUGAUUUCCACUUGUCUCAAGGCUUUGGCCUGGUCCUUCGUUUUCUGCUUCAUCGUCAUGACUAUAUGGGCCAUGCUUCUCGUGGAAUUAGUGCACCCAUUGAUACAGGAGCUGAAUGCCAACACAAGCGUUUUUGCAGACUGCAAUCAAUGCCUACGUGCAACCUCAAGUGUGAUGCAUGCGAACUUGCUGCUCUUCAAGACAGUCAUCGCGGGCGACAGUUGGGGUAAAAUUGCUGUACCGGUCAUUGAGGCUCAUCCCGCCACGGCCAUCAUUUUUGUCGGCUCGCUUCUCACGAUAGUUUUCGGAGUACUAAAUUUGAUUGUCGCCGUGGUUGUAGAUACUUUCGCAGACGCGCGCGACCGGGACGUCCUCAAUUUAGCUGAAGAGAUGGAACAAGACCUUGCACACGACAAAACGUAUUUGGAGCGUAUGUUCAAACGGAUUGACUUAGAGGAUGCCGGCAAAUUGAGUUUGGAUCAACUUGUGCAGGGAGCCCGGAACGAUGCGGAGUUCCAAAGCCGGUUGAGGGUGAUGGACAUUGAUGAGAUGGACUUGGUCCAACUUUUUGAGAUGAUCGACACAGACGGCUCGGGCUUUAUUGAGCCGAAUGAGUUUAUUCGACCGCUGAGCCGUUGGGUCCACGACUCCAAGACAGCGCCGAGAUUUAUCAAGUACAACAUGAUGCGCGCGAUGGCGCAACAAGAAGAGCCGCCUGGCCAGUCUGCGCCAUACUAA